ACCGAAUAUAUUAUGCUUCCAUUACUUUUAAUAUAAGAUUUAUGAAUUUUUGAAGAGAGUAUAAAAAAGAGUAUAAAAAAACACUCGUCAAUCUUAGUUUCACUAUAAAUGUUUAAUUGUAAAUAAGCGUAAGAUUUGUCUUGAUUAUGCAUUGAGAAAAAAGAAAGAGAAAGAAGGAUGUGUUUGAAAUCAGCAGGUAAAGAGUUAAUUUGUUCCAAUAAUACAUCAUACAAAAAUAAGUCGAUCUUAAAAUAGCGCGUGUUGAGUCUCUCUUGCUCUUUACGUCAGCGAAUGAGAGAGAAAGAUGACAGAGACUACGGAUGGUGGGAAGGUGCAUCUCUAUAAAGGCGUUAGAGGAAAAGUGCAAUGCCUUAUUGUGCUCUCUCAACGGUCUUUGUUACACGAAGUAAUCGGCAACAAUGAAAACCUAAAAAAAAAAGUCUGAAAGAAUGAAAAUCAAGAAUCAAGGGUGUAGACGUGUGCCUGUGAAUAAAGGCACUACUAUUUUGUACGGAAAACCAUUUGCUUAUGUUGUGAGAUCGGUGGUGCGUGACGAAAGAUGUGACCAUUGCCUACAAAGCAAACCGUUUGUCUUCGCUCUCACAUCAAAAAACAGAACUACUCGAUGUGACAAUUGUUUAAAAAGUGGGAAAUUAUCCAAAUGUUCCGGUUGUCAUUAUGUUUAUUACUGCGAUCGCUAUUGUCAAAAAGAAUCAUGGUCGAUACAUAAAACAGAAUGUAAAUAUCUGAAAAAGAUAUUGCCAAAGAUUCUGCCAGACGCGGCACGACUUAUGGCACGUAUAAUUUUCAAACUCAACCAAGGUGGGGCUGAUGAAGUAGGCUAUUACACAGAAACAAGUUUCAGGAAGUUCAAAGAUUUAAUGUCUCAUUAUUCAGAUAUAAAAAAAGAUCCAAAGAAAUUGGAACAUUUUACCAUGUUGUACGGAGUGUUGGUUCAGUUUCUUGGCGAGUCGUUGAUGCCAAAUGCUGCAGAGCUGAUGGGUAUUUACGGUAGAAUAUGUACGAACUGCUUUAAUAUAUUAGACAAUAACAUGAACACCAUCGGAGCCGGUAUUUAUCUAGGUGCAUCAGUAAUUGAUCAUAGUUGCACACCCAAUGCAAUUGCUGUGUUUGAAGGAACCACCAUUUAUAUCAGGACAUUAAAAGAUCUGCCCUCUUUAGAUUGGUCACAAAUAAGAAUAUCGUAUAUCGAUUUACUUAAUUCUACUAAGGAUAGACGCGAAGAAUUGCAAAGUUCGUAUUACUUUUUGUGUGAUUGUGAAAAAUGUAAACAUGUGGAUUCUACGGCUAGUGCAGCCGCUUGUCCAAAUUCUUCAUGUAAUUCUCCGUGUAUAAUCAAAAAUAUUGAAUGUGAAAAAUGCAACACAAGUUUGUUCGAUGAAUUUAAAAAGACAUUCGAAGAAGUAACAGAUUUUACUUCUCAUCAUUUGGAAAAAAUGAAGACUAUGGCUUAUCUUGACGUCAGCAAGAUGUGUUUAAAGAAACAGAAAGGAGUAUUGCAUAAGUUUAAUAUACAACAUAUUCGUACUCUGGAAACAGCUCAUAUUGCUGCAAUCAAUCUGGAAUGUUGGGAAGAUGCAGAAUUAUAUGGCAAAGAACUUAUACCAGGAUAUUUAAUGUAUUAUGGUGAAAUACACCCAUUGACAGGACUGUUGUAUCUCACAGUGGGAAAAAUACAACUGCAUUUAGGAAAAUCAAUUGAAGCAUUAGAAGCGCUGAAAACAGCAAAUGAAAUAUUGAUGAUAACACACGGUGAUAAACAUUCUUUAUUAAGAGAAGAACUAAGACCUUUGCUGUCCCAAGCUAUUAUGGAUUCAAAUAAUAUCUGAACUAGCAUACAGAAAUUUAAAAUCUUUAAAAAUCAUUGUGUAUUAUAUCAAAAUUAUUUAAAAUAUAUAUUUAACAGAAAAAUAUAUAUUUAAAAUAUAUAUUUAAUAAGAAUAUCCUCGGUCUGCGCAUAUAAAGAAAGCAAAACGGGCAGAGUGGCGAUGUCGUUGUGCGCGCGGGAUAUUCGCUGGCAGCCAAUGCGUUCAACGGAAUUCAGAGCUUAGCAAGCGCUUUGCGCUUACUGUCUAUGGGUGCGGUCAAAGCACCACUGCAAAUGUUUCGAAACAUCAUUUUAUCUUCAUUCUACAUCGAGAAGUAAAGAUAGAAUGAUGCUUUGAAACAUUUGCAGUGAGACCGACCAUCCUAUGAUUAGCCUCUUCUAGUAAGGACCGGUUGUUUUCCACUUUCAGACAAAGUAUCGGGUAAUCUAAUAGUUAAAACUCUUGCAUUGUUUCACGUGUCGGUCAAAUUUAUAUAUCUGGUAAGUAACCGGAAACCAAAAGAUAAAUUACAUGGCACUUGGCACCGUCUAAGUAUCUAACAGAUAAAUAUGUAGAAAUAAAAAAUAGUGGGAGAGAUGCGCUAGUCACGUUCCUAUCCUAUAAUAACCUGAUUGCAAAAAAAAAAAAAAAAUAUAUAUAUAUACAUAUAGGAAAAGCGAUUACACAUUCUCUUAUGGGCCUGGCCGCUCUCGUUUUCACCAUCUCUCGAUUAACUUAAUCGGCAAUUAAGUAUCAAUCCAUGAUUGGUCCAUUCUGCUAAACGAUUAAUGCAACUGAUAAUUUCAAUGAAAUAAUCGGCCGAUUAAGUUAAUCGGAGAUGAUGAAAACGAUCGUCAGUCUUCUCUCUGCUGCUGUAACACAUUUUGGAACGAUGGUUGCAAGUGCUGCCAGCGCUGGUAAUAAAUUUGGAACAGCCAUAGGCGCCAGCGAUGGCAAGCAGACAAGGGAAGGGGCAAUAGGCGUUGGUCUCGGACUGUUUUGACUCAGACUCACAGCAUCGUUUCGAGUUACUGAAUUAAAUGACAGUUCUGACUUAGUUGUGCAUAAUAAAAAGUGCUCUUCUUAGCUCGAUUCACUGAGCUAUCUUUGCACCAAACCAACCUAAUAAAGUGUCUUAUUUUACCAUCACGAAGUGCAGCAUUAUUGAGUAUUGUGCAUUAAUAAAAAGUUUCAAAUAAUUCACUUGGCAGUUACUUGUAUGUGUGACGAUAUAGUUAAACAGC